AUGAAUUGUUGGAAGAGUUUAUUUCUUGCUUUCAUUUCUUGUGUUCUCACAGUUCAUGGUAAGUAUAUCUUUUUGUUUGGAUUUAAUCAUGACGUGUGGACCGUUACGAACGUGAUGAAUAACUUAACGAGACGUAAUCGGUGUACUUCGUUACGUGCUUUCCGUGUUGAGAAAACAGAAAAUUGAGUCUUAGCAGCUACUUUUCAGUGUCAAUUCAAAGUAUUCUUCUUCUGAAGACUCUGAAGGGGUUAGAUAUAACAAUUCACUCCAUCCUGAUCAGAAUUCAAUGACAAUAUAUAUAUAUUUUUAACUUAAAAUUUCACUAUCCAAUGUGUUUUUGUCAGUGCUGAACUGGACUCAGUUGAAGUCAGUCAUGACGAACCCCAAAGAACGUCUGCGGUGGAGGCUAUGGUCAUGCGUUCCUGUACUGUCUUCGUAAAGCGUUGUUCAUCUUUUUCUUGAUCGUCUUUUAUCUGAGUAGCUAACAAACAUCUUGAACGCUCUCUGCUAAGCUCCGAUUACUCCUAGUUCUAAUCCUAUGACAUGACCAUUCAAAUAAAAGCUGCUGAGUGAUUCUUUUGCAUUGUUAUCAUCACCUUUUCGGAAUUCCCAAAGAAUUGCAGUUUUAUUAAAUAUUGACCGACACUGAACACUAGCUCUGUUUGAGACACGGCACGCUUCUUUGGAAUCGAAUAUCCUUUAGAAGUCUUAAAUAUCAAAACCAACAAAAAUACGAAAUAGUUUUAGCAAUAAUGUAGGUUUCUCUCCUUAUCCGUUUUAAGUGUAGAGUGAUUGCAGAAAAUCAGAUUUCACCCUUGUAGCAUUUGCCGAUUUCUAAAACUUGAAAAAGAUACACUGCUCUGCUAAUUCAUAGAAUGUAAGGAAGACAGAGAAUGAUUAUAUUUUGAGUAUCGUGCAGGACCAACGAAAAUGGUUUGUUGCCUCGCAUCGCACUCUCCUACUUUUGUUUUCUUUCCGCACUUCAAUAAAGUUGAACAAUUCAAGAAAAGGGUUCGAAACUUUGUGUACUGGUGAAAUACAUGAAAAAAGCCAGAGGAAGCCAUUUCCGCCUAGAAAAAGUGAAAUUUCUUUGGCCAAUUUUACACUAAGGGUAGCCUAAAGAAACUCGUAAGCCAAUGGAAAAUUGCCAAGGCACCCUUGCGGAACUGUCGUAAACAGCAGGACUAGGACUUUGAUUAUCGCGCUGAAACGGUUCAAAUCUGAAAUUUCAGCUGUAUACUUUAUAAAAUAAAAUUAUAUGGAUACGCUUUAGCCGCGCAAACUUCCGGAGAAUUUAAAUUUAAUCUCGCAUAUCGGAGGCAAAGAGUUUGACCGACAAGAUUGGCCGUUUCAUUAAUGAAUACAUCUCUAGAUAGUUUUAACCUGUUGUAAUUAAAAUAACAGGGUCAAUCUCCGCUUGGAGGACCCGUGCCACGUGUUCUUGGCCUCUGAUCCGUAAAUGUGCAAUACUUCAAGACUCACGCAUGCUGGUUACGAUUUCUAAUCUCGUUCGUUUUUCAUUUAUCGUCGUUAUUUUGCAGAGAAUGACAGAGAAGUAUAAGAAAUGAAAUAACGCCCUUCUAAAAGAAGCUGUAUCAGUUAGUCAUUCCCGCGGUCAGCGUUGCUGCGGUGUCGCUUAGGAUCCCUUAAAUAGCUAAUCGUGAUCUAAGAAGAGACCAUCUUAGUGCUGUCAUAAGCGAUAUUUACAGUUGUAUCAUUUCCCAAAGAACAAGCUGCCAAGUGAUUGGGAAACUUAGUGGCUGACCAGAAGGGAGGCCAGGACCUUUUCCCAUUACACGUAUCCGGCAGAAACGACAGUUUUCUAGUAUUCUAACGACUUAAUGAUUUGGAACUAAAAUGAUUACCACUUAAGGAUCGUAUUUAAGUACGUAAAGUUUACUCUAGAGACAAUUAUGUGUUGUGCUAAGGAGGGAGGGAAAUAGUUAGCUCCGAUUUGUAAAAGGGACUGGGGAAGUUAAUGUUUUGUUUGAAAUUUGUUCCUAAUUUUUAAGGUCAAAGUGAUGAAAAUAUUGAAGUCAUCAGUGACGUUAAUGACGACCUACCUAUAGAGCUUGGCGAUUCGAAUCCAAUUCACACUGGUGAGUACAAGGGCAAUUUCCUAAUCAGCCCUUCUUUGUCUUGUCAUGGUCACGCAACGUGCGUUACGUGUCGCUACAAGAAUGGCUGCGAGGGGGACUGGACCCAAAGUGUGCAGGUAAAGCAGUGCUGGUACAUUAUAGAGGUGUGGAAGAGCACUCGAAUAGACCUCUUUAGCUUGUGUGUUUUGUUUUACCAACUCAGGUAUUGUGAUGAUACUCUUGGGAAGUGUUUCUUUCAACUUUCGUAUAAUACACGUGCAUAUGUACGCAUAAUUUAUGAAAACACUAAGGGUCAAAUUCCCCUGGGAGCUCUACUGGGGGAAACAAAACAUAGAAGCUAAAAAGGUCUAUUUGUACUCGUUAAGAGGAGUGGGAAGAGCCUGUGAGAACUGACGUAUUUGUGGUUAUCAGCAACAUGCGGAAAUACUUCAGCAUCCUCAAGCUAUAUUUUAUCGAUUGUGUUUGUUACGAAUUUCUUCAGUUGUUCUUUCUUCUGAGACACUAACUCCGCAAAGUUUAAAGAUAGUGCAAACCUACGACUUUUGAUGAUAAUUGACGUCAUUUUUUUUAACCUUUCAGUAACUCAGGAGCAAGAAGUGCCUCUAUUUAAACGUGAUAUCUCAGGCCAUACUGUAGCUCGAGUGCGACGUCACGUUCUAGCGGUUGGUCAUUCAAAUCAGAUCCAGGGUCUCAGGGUCAGACAAGAAUGUGACGGAAUCCUACUAGAGUGGAAAAGCCUGCAGUUGCCUUACAGGUAUAACUGAACGUUUUGGUUGUAGGAUAGAGUAUUCAGCUUUUGUCAAAGUACUUGACAAAACCAUAAGAGAGCCCUAAACAGUAUCUUUCUCUCGGAAAUUGAAAAGUUGAACAACCCUGUAUAAUAAACAGAAUAAACAGUACCACAAGUAAGUACUGCUCAGUAGCUUUCAUUUGAAUGGUCACCCCAUAUGAUUUUAUCCACAAACUCAAAAGUUAGAACCACUUUGUACAGCAUAAUAAACAGUACAACAGGAAAGUACUGCUCAGUUGCUUUCAUUUGAAUUGUGACGCCAAAGGAAUUUAUCCACAGCCUAAAAAUUUAGAAUUGUCUCGCCUUAGUCAGUGCAAACAGUAUUAGAAAAAGGUAAGGAAGGAUCAGAAGCUUUUAAUUAAAUGGAAAAUCAGUCACCAGUUGAUAUUGUUAGCGCAGAUUGCCAACUUUCUUUUUCAAUAUCAGUCCAAACAGACGCUCAAUAAAUGAAGAAUUCAAACAUUUUAACAUUUACCGAAGCACAUCGUAUUUUCGUGAUGUAAACGGAAUGAGGCCUUAUGUAUCUGGAAAGCUGGACAAGUUGUUACAGAGCCGGGAAACAAAGAGCUACAAGGAUCUAUAUCCGACACCGAACACAAACUGGUACUACGCUGUGACAAUGGUCAAUGGUAAUGGGCAGGAAGGGAAGAUAGUGCACGCAAAGAAGGUAUGACUUAAAAACUUUUGCUCGCUGUGUAUGACGCUUCUUUCUUUGAAAAAUGGUGUUCAACUGUCACACCUUCUGGUCACCCAAUCGCUUCUAUUUGGAUCGCACGUGGCGGACGCAAAGCGAGAAGCGUGAACGAAAAAAGCACGAAGGGUGAUAGGAAGAAACAAAGCGAGAGGGAGAGAGAUUCUCCACUCUUUUGCCCUUCCCAUCACCCCUCGAGCUUCCCUUGACUAAGAGACGACUUGAAACGAGUGAGGUCAGGGCUCCUGGUGAGGAGCCUAUGUUUGUUAUUUGUUUUAUCAGCCAAUGGAUGAAAAGAUCUAAACAUGGACUCUUUGUUUUCCCGCCAAAGAAGACCCUAAUAUGGAGACGGCAUUGUUCGAUUGGCCAAUCGUGUUGCAGUAUGACAUUAAAGCGAAGUAUCGGUUGAUUUCUAGAACGUACAUUCUCGGGCAUGAAGUUUAUUCAGCCGAGCUUUCGCUUAACAACCAAAACCCGCCACGAGCGUUUGUAUCCGUUGGACAAACCAAUCAAAUCGCACUAUUUCCGAUCUUUGUGUCAGGUCAAACGAAAAUCGCUCUGACAAGAUUGACUAGUCCAAAAGGGUUGACGCGAUUCCGGCAGAUUCAAAAGAGAAUCUGUUAGUAGGGUGCCUUAAAAUCCUAAACUGUAAAAAUCACUGCUAGAAUUUACCUCAGUGUUCAUGUUACAUCCACAGGCUAUUUUCAUAGCAUCUUUUCAAAAGUCAGGAACUCUCUUUAAACUUGUCCCAGAGUUCCUAAGUCUGCAAGGCAAGGUCUUACAUCACAGCGCUGCGUAUAAUCCGCGUCGUAAUCAAUAUCUUGUGACGUGGGACUUUGACGUGGACAACGACAAUCUGCCAGAUCAGCUUUACGCAUUAAGAGUGGACACUGCUGGCAAUAUAGUGGACAAAAGGAUAUUAAACUACACUGCAGAUAUCAACAGAAAAGCAGGUAUUUUAGGACAGUUAUCAAAGAGGAGAAAAGGAAGAAAAGGAGCCAACUGCAUAAAACCUAUAGUAAAUUAACGAAAAAAACGGGGAUUAGUUUUAAAAUAAACUAUGGUCUGCGAAUGGGUAGCCCCGCUGGCAGACUUUUUGUUUUUUUGCCUUGUCAGCAUUCUCGUCCCCAAAGUUCGUCGUUUCUUUUGGUCGAGAGGUCUUGUCCAUUACAAAUUUAGCCCAGUGGCUCUGGGGACGAGAAUGGCUCGUCAUCUAAUCCCCCCCAACUUCAAGAAAGAACACGUGACAAAGCCCUAAGAACGUCUUGCGUAGACUUGGUGGAGGAGUUAAAAUGAAGAAAGUGCUUUUUGCAACAGCUGGACACGUGUUUAACUUUCUGUGAAGAUGAAAACAAUUCUCUUUGGAAAAUGAUUUUAAGCAUGCAUGAACUGAAUAAAAAAAUAAAAAUUAGGUGACCUGUAAAUUUUCGGCGAUUGCCAAGGAAACACUUCCCACCCAGUCACGUUUGAGUGAUUUUCCUUUAACUUUUUAAGUUUUCAAACUGUCCUAAACUCACCAACUUACGCAUUACAGGGCUCAGUGUUAUUCGCUGUGAACAAAAGAAAAUCUUAGCCCCGUAAUGCAAUCUGUCAAGUCCCCAGAUCAGAAAAUUAGUUUUAUUUGUUUGUCUUGAUGAAUUUCAAACACAACAAAAUAAAAGCUUAACUCGAAACACAAUUGAAGGUUCUAAAAUCCAUCGACGUGUUCAUAAGGAGUUACUACGUUAAGUGGGAUGCAUGUAUAGCAUUUCCUUUCUGAGCUAUGAGAUUAUGGAAAUAAAAUGGUAUCGAAAAUUCGUAUUUUCACUAAUCAUGUUACAUUAUUCCAAAUUUUCUAGGCAAUCAAGGAUGGCCAAGUGUAGCGUACAACGAACAAUUCGAUGAAUAUAUGAUCGCUUUUCAAUUCCGUGCGGGAUCGUUGCAGUACUUCUUGAACAAAUACAUUAUCUUAAGUCAGAGAGUACAGAGCGCGCGCACGGAAAGAACAGCAGGCCGAACUCUGCUUUUCAAAGCCAAUGGACAAGGAGGGCCCACGGAUUGGGUUGACGCAAUGGGACCAUUGAUAAAGUAUAACUCUGUUACAGGUAGGAACCAUCACGAUGUUAAAAUAGGUAAUAUAUAAAAGUAUAAAGAUGCACUACGAAUCAGGGACCGGAGGCUUGUCCUCUGUUACUGUAAAAGGUGGUUCAAAUUUCCGAGUCUGUGGAUGAAAACCUAUGGUGUGGCAUUCAAAUAAAAGCUACUGAGCAGUACGUUCCGGUGGUACUGUUUGUUGUGCUGUACAAGGUGGGUUUAACUUGAGUCUGUGAAUGAAAUCCUACGGUGUGACCAUUCAAAUGAAAGCUACUGAGCAAUACUUCCCCAGGGUACUGUUUAUUAUACUGUACAAGGUGGUUCUAAUUUGUGGAUGAAAUCCUGUGGUGUGACCAUUCAAAUAUGGAAAGCUACUGAACAGUAAUAUCCUCUGGUUCUUUUAAAUGUUGUGAAUGGAAUCUUAUGGGGUUACAUGCAAACGGACGCAACAACUCCCAACAUUGUUGCUAAAAGUUUGACUGGUUUCAAACUUUGCGCCACAACUCCCAACAACACACAACAGGGUUUGCAAACAGACUCAAUAUGUAACAUCCAACAGUGUUGGGAGUUGUUGGCCUACAAUGUUGCGUCCGUUUGCAAGGGGCUUAAUGAAUAGCUACUGAGCAGUCAGUAGUUUCCUAUGGUACUAUCUUUUAUACAAGGUGGUUCAAACUUUCUCUCUAUGGAUUACAUGCUAACGAGUAACCUUUCUCAGUUUUUCCCUUAGUACUGUUUGUUUCUCAGUGCGUUACAAUUCAAUUUUUCCAUAUCCUUUCUUUUUUAAGGUGGUUAUGUAGGCGCUGUUAUUGUAGACGGAGGAAGAAAAGAAGUCGUGAGCCUGUUCUUUGACAGGGGAGGAAAAGUGUUUAAAACCGAAGGAAUUUGCUCCUUUAAAGGAAACGCAUACGAGCCAAAUAUCUUCUUUGACUCGAAAAGAAACGAGUUUGUCUUCUCUUGUACCGUCGAGAACGGAGUAGUCGCUAAAUCUGACUUCACCUUGCGGUCUGGCUUACACAUGGUAGUCAUCACGAAGAGAACUGCUCGUGGAGCGCAUGCGGCUAACACAGAGACCGCUGCAACGAAGAACUUUGUUGGCUACACCAACAAGACGCAUGCGCGGACUGCCGGAUACUAUAAUGAACACCUUGAUAGGUAAAUACUAAAUAUUUGGAUGAGUGUUUUUGUGUUUGUUAUCCCAGCUGAAUAAUUGAAUUCGAAACAUCACAAAACAGAAUCUAAUGAUUCUGGUAAAAUGUGCUACCACAGAGUGUUUUCACAUGAUUUCACUCCCGCCAUAUUGGUGUCCCAAAGUAAUGUCGAGUUAUGAAACAGCAACCAUGUUUGCGUCUUAAACCAGUCCUUUGCAAUUGGGAGUUGAACUUUUUUCUUAUGUAAAAACUUUCUUUUGUUCCAAUAAAUUUGCGUAGCUGCUAGUCACGCGACUGAAAACGCUCUACAGAUAAACGAAAACACUGAUAACGACAAACGCACUCUCGCGCGAAACAGAGUUUAGGGAAACGAUGAGUUACACGCAGCUGGAAGAUAUUAUUCACUUAUCCGCUUGGAGAUUAGUGAACGAUCAUUAACAAAAGAUCAUUUGUUUAGUCAUUAUCGAUGCACUACCAUAAUGGUUUCUGUUUUUUAUGACUGAAUGGUUUUCCUUUACGCCGUAGAUUGAUUCUGUACUGGGAAGAUUCUGACAGUGGAAGACAUGUUUUAAACACUGCCUCUGUACUAUUGACACGUACAGAGUACAUCCGGGAAGUUAAACGGUACAGUUGCUUAGCAACAAAGCAAGUCAGGACACCGGCAGCAGUGUAUUCUCCAUCAAAUAACUAUCAUUUUCUUUUAUGGCAAGAACUAAGUGGGUCUGGGGUAAUUGGUGGAGAACUCCUUCAAGGUCAGUGUCUCGAGUUUUCAGUAUCAACGUACUCUGUAGUAGAGACAUACCAUACUUUGAACCUCACUACCUCAUUAGUGUCGUCACGCAACGCUAUUUGUGGGGACGAGCGUUGCGUGACGACACUAAAAACAGCUGCGUAGCAGACUACCCUGCCCCAGACUCGUACCAAGUCACCACUUAUUCAUUCACGCAACGGAAUAUGGAAAGGAAAUUUGACGAGCGCAAAGGCGCUUGGGAGGCGUUUUUCUUCCUUACCUCCAUUGAUGCACGGCGAACUCACUAAGGAAGUGACUGGCUAGGAGUCUGUCCCUGCUCGCUUCCCCUCGCAGUUUACCACGCCGAGAGAACAAAUAAAGAACCAAUUUCAACGAGGUUUUGGGCCCUUCAUCCUUCUAAAUAACAGCCUGGGAGUCUGGGUACUACUACUUCAUGCAGCUGUUGUACCCAGUUUUAUUUGUCCUUCGGGGUUGAAAAGGUUGAAUAUCUGGAAAUUUGAUUUAGGCAUAGAACCUCGAAAAUAAUGACAUUCAAUUUUCGUAGAAGUAACUCUUUCUGAUUGUUUCUCAGGCAAUUUACGACUUGUGUUUGGCAGAGAGCAGAAGAAUCCUGUUUUAUUGUACAACGACUUCAUUCGAAAAGCGUUUGUCACCUGGCAGGAAGGAGGCGUGCUGCUAUCACGACAAAUAACCAUGGCAACCCGACCACUUUGCACUCCACCAUGCGCUCCUCGACAAACUUGCGUAGUAGAGGACAAAUGUGUCCCCAAUACAGGAAGUAAACUGAAAUACUUUUCUUCUUUAAAUUUCGUUUAAAAAGAACACAAUAUUUGAAGUACUAUCGCAUAGACUCGCUGGAUAGGAAAACAAUUUUUUUUCCGUUCCAAUUUCUUUACAGUUUCGUUAUCAUAGCCGAUAUGAGCAGAGCGCAGCUAGUGGACCUUUGUUGGAAUUUAGUAUAAAAUGCAACAUUAUAUAUGACUGUGAUUAGACUUUUUUUGUUUCGUUGACUGGAAAAUUUGUAAAGAACAAUACGAAACAAUACUACACGACACGAUACGAUACGAUACAGUACAGUACGGGUGUAGUACGGUGCGGUACGAUACGUUACCGUGAUAUGGUACGUUACACUGCAUAGUAAGCUCCAUUGCGAGGCUACUCCAAAGGAGAGGCGGUAUCAAAACUGAAAGCUACGCUAAAGGCUGUCGUUUCUGGGUUUAGCGAAAUCACGUGUUGUGUAGAACUUAUCAAAGAUUAUGGGAUGGUAUUUUAGACAAGCCUGACAAGACUAUCAGGGGGAGAGAGGAGUUUACUGAUUCUUUGUAUAUCUUAUUUGUGCACUUUAACGCAGGUCUGUGAUUUUUUUAACCGUUUAAGAUUUAUGCAGCUUGAACAACGGAGGGUGCAGUCACAGGUGUACAUCAUCAGGUCGAUGGAAAGUUCAGUGCUCUUGUCCAGGUCACAUGCAGCUGAAAGAAGACGGCAAAAACUGUAGCAGCGGUGAGUAGGGCCUGAUAAUAGUGUGGUCUAUCCACCCCUUCCCGCUCGGGGAUAGACUUUUGGGGGGUUAGGGGAAGGUUAUUUAGGUCCACUCGAACUUUGAACAACAACCUAUGCAUUGUUUUGAAAUUUUGACACAGGAAGGGAUAAAAGUUAGCGGCAUGUUUCGUUAAAUAAAACCGGAAGUGGGAGACGAAACAUAGAGCAUUUUUCUUUUUUAAUUCAUAGUUCUUUCAAGACAUCCACUGGAGCAGACUAUUUCUGAGGCCCUGCCAGCGUAAAUUCCGACAAGCGACAUGACCCAAAAAGUAGCGACAGAGCCUAAAAUGAAAUCGUGACACGAGACAACCUCCUUCUGCCAAAUAGCGACAGUGACGGUAAAGCCGAGAAUAUGCGACAAAGAACGGUGGUUUGGCUAAUUUAUCGCCAGUCUGAAUACCAAGAAGAAGCAAUUUUAGUCAAUUUUCCUUGCGCUUCAGAGAUUGUCUCUUGUCAGUGAGUUUCAGUCGAACCCUCCUGAGCGCGCCACGCGUUGUCCUGUCGCGCAGUCUUCAUUUACGCAACCGCCCACAACUCCUGGGAGACCUGGGAACUAGGUUGUCCGUCACAUAACUUACUUUCAUGUGCGCUUUACAUCUCUUGUGAUCACUACUUUCACAUAGACUAUAAUGCACCUCGUUUUCGCCUCAGAAUUUUGCUUAACCAUUGUUUUCAAAUUAUCCUGGGUAUUACAGUCGUCCCAAGAGAAAUCGAACACAAUGGUUAUGCAAAGUUUUGGGGGGUAUGCAAGGUGCAUUAUGGUCUGUGUGAAAAAGGUGAAUGCUUUGCUUGUCCCUGAACUUGUGACAUCCCUGUCGACCUCUGUCGGACGGUGACGACGGUGGAGAGACCAGGGACCAGGUAACUUAACCACCGACCUUCCAACCGCUCCCACAGAGUAGACCACCGUUAACCGGCCUUCACGAUUUAUCAGGUCAGUUAGUCUUAAAAUGUUGAACGUGGAUCACUUAGGGUGUGUUGACUGUGUUCCUUUCGGCGAAUCCAAAAACGGAUUUUUCAUCCGAGAUUUGCCGGAUUUCGCGGUCGAAAGGAACGUGAAAUCCGAAAUUGGAUUUGUGACCCUUGCAACCUUUCGCAAACGCGUGCAAUAUGCAUGACAGCCUCUCCUUUUUCAAAAUGUAUUCACCAGAUCAAAAAUCCUGAUUUAGAUUUGCCGAAAAAAACGCGAAAUCCGUUUUAAGAUCUAAAGUCCGUUUUUGGAUUCACCGAAAGGAACACACCCUUAAUUGUCAAUGGCGAUGUAUAGUUGUUCGAUACGCGAAAUGUUAACUGAGAAAUUGUAUAACUGUAAUGCUUUCUUUACAACGCAUCGCUAUCCCCCUUUUCUAAAAUUCCAACAGAGACAAAGAAUUUUCGUUCAAUUUCCGACAGCGAUGUGAAGCGUUUAUAAACACCGACAAGAGGCGUGGCAGGGCCUCAUUUCUGCGGGAGAGGGGCGCCAAGUAACGUGUGUCCUUGUAACACCUACUGUCCUGUUGCCCCCAAUGAUACUUUUGCUAAGUGCUGUGAAGGUAACGUUUUUCAAUUUACAACAAAGAGAAUAUCCAAGUUAGGCCUCGUCCCUCAAUGAGGAAGUUUCAAGUAACAUAGCAGGCAACGAUGUAUCCCAAUUUUUAGGAAGAAGGAUUCUAACACCUUUGUUCCCAGGGUGAUUCCUCUUUGCCUUCUUGGCGGGAAAUAGGAACGAGGCAAUCGCGUUCCCAGGGCUUUCCCCUGAAGUCCCGAGGGCAAAGUUGGGAACGUGAUUGGCAUUCUCAUUGGCAUGUAAAGGAAUGUAUGAUCGUUGAUGACAACACCAUCUUUUCUUUUAAUCUCAUAAAACCCGACGGGACUCUGUAAUUAUAACAAAGUAGGCGUUCAUUGGUUCAGUUGUGUUGUGAGUAUCCACUUGCCUCUUCUUAAUUUCAACCUCUCCAGUUAUGAUAAUAUAUAUUGUUGUUAUUUGUCAGCUCCUCUACCAAGCUACUCCAUUGUGGUUGCGACUAAAAAGGCAGUAUGGCAGCUGUUUAUGGACACGAAACUAAACCGAGCCACGUUUAAAAAGGUGCAAUUGAAUCACUAUCCUAUGAUGCUUGUCGCGCUGGGAUAUAACCCUGUUGAUAAGCGCGUAUAUUGGAGUGACGUAGAUGAGGGCUCGAUAAACCGCGUUUUUUUGAGCGGAAUGGGAGACAAGCAACAGAUACAGAGGUAAUUUAUAUACCACUGGACUUGUAAAUGGGCACCCUUAAAUUCUGCAUAAGAAACUUAAAGCAAAGGAAAAUGUCUUUACUAUAUCUCAUAAGCCAACUUCUUUAAUAAGUUGAAUUAAGUUCAAGUUUAGUUAACCCUACUCUUGAACAUAUGAAAAAGUCGCGUUUUUAGCUCAUGGAUGACGUAGUCAUGCUACGGGUUUUUGGAGGCACUCGAAUGACACUCGAUCACUCACUCACUCACUUACUCGAUUCUCAUUAAUUUUUUCAUUAAAGCCAGAUUAAACACUUUACUCUUACCUCCCUUACUUAGUAUUACUUUUGUUCCAAGUGCCUUUUACGCAUAUGUUUGGCGUAUUCUAGAGGGCACUGGUAAAGUGUACUUUUUUUCCCGACACAUCAUAGAGAUGGGGUUUGUAUAAUAGAGAUAUUCUAAAGAACACUGACAAUAUCAUCUGCAAGAAAUGGACUUGGAAUUGUUAAAAAGACAUUGAAAUAAUUGAGCGUGGAUCAUUGUUGUACAUUGGGACGAAUUGUGCACAUUUUUUCCCCAUAUAACUUGAUAAGGAGAAGGUGUGAUCAACAGGAGUGUGAAAGAGCUAUCGCAGCCUAACGAUCGCGAUGGGAUUUCGUCAGUUCAGCGAAAAGCGAAUAAGCCAAAGAACCUUUAUAGCAGCAAAAAAAAAAACAAAAAACAAAAAACAAAACAAAACAAAACAAAACGGUCCUCGAAUUGUUAAAACGACGUUGGGUAGUAUCUGUUGUGGUUUAUUCAAUUAUUUGGACGAAUCCAUUCGACGAUUUGUCUUCGUAUGCAAACAGGGAAUGAAAUAAUGUUGGGUCCACUGGAAGCACAGGUUUUAGAACCAACAAGCGUUACGCUAUUUUGCUUGAAUUCUGAGAUGAUCUUUGCCCAGCAGGCUUUUGCUUGUCGAUGAUUCCAUUUAUCAGUGCUAUUAAUGUAAUUUGUUCAGAAAAUUCUGCGCUGGUAUAAACAAGUUUCUAGAAUAUUCAGGUAGAGAAAAGCAAUCGGAUACUGCGACUGCGCUUAAAUCACUUAGCUAGGUCAGAGCACGUACAACUUCGAGUUUAGUCCGUUUGAUUAAGCUAAUUUUUUAGCUAGUGUUUAGCAAAAGCGCGUUUUAAAGCAGUUUAAUUUAGCCAUAAACGCUUGUAUUCUAUAAUUCAUAGCUCGUACUACAAAGACAAACCGUUACGUGUUUAUUGAAAAGCAUCGCACUUAUAGGAAACCUUCGAGGUCCAUUAAAGUAAUUGUUUCAAAAUUUUUGCUAACAAGAUCGAUCCUGGACAUAUCUCAUUAUUUUCCAACUAACGAGCGUCAAUACUUGCUUAAAGUGAUUCUUGCGUUAUAAGUAGAAAUGCUGCGCUAAUUACAAGUUUCUAGAAUAUUCAUGUGCACAUGCAAUCUAUUACUUUGAGUCACGCUGUAAUUUGGCAAGUCCGUACACAAUGAAGCGUCCAAAACGAUUUAUAUGAUUUUCUUUGAUUAUUGAACUGCCUUUUCUACACUAAUUCAAUUCAUCCAUGAGCUCGCUCCUAGGAGCCUUUCAUUCAUAACAGAUGCCUGUUAGGUUUUUUCGUUAGUUUUUAUAAAGCACACUAGGAGAACACGCGAGGGGAGCGCGCGCGCGUCCCCGACAUUUCUCCCUUCACCUUAAAAGAAGCGCCUAUGUUUUUCCCGCAUGUUUGACAUGUGAACAAUUUUAGCCCAAAAGUUUUCCCCAUUUUUUGAGGGUUUUUUUGGGAUACGGGAUUUGAACCUCGGGAUUCGGGAUCUUUAAGCAAAAUGGAGGAGAGAUCGGGGAUUGAAAGUAUACACGCGAUGUGAAAUGUCAAAAAUAACCAUUGGGAUUACGGAAUUGCACGAAGAUUUGGGUCGGGGUGACGGGAUUGAAGAACCCAAUCGGGAACCGUCAUUUUCAGGCAAAUGCUUUGUUAUGGAGCUUAAGAUUCUGAGACGACGACGACUACGAGGACGAGAUUUUCUCAAUACUGAGUAGUGCUCGCGCAUGAACCAGCGUCACUUUAGCGGGAAAACGUGUUAAGCGUCGUCACUUUGCUACGAGUUUUAGCGAGAUUCACUGGUCAUCCUCGUCCCACUGAUCUCCUUAUUCAAGCAACCUUAAUCGCAAUAUUUGUUAAAACUUCCUGUCUGAGAAACCGAGAGAAUCUUGCACUGUGGAAGUACCUUUUGUUCAUCUGCAUUAACAUGGUUUGAUUUUGGUUAAUACAGAAAUGCAGGUGUCGUGGAUGGCAUGGCACUCGACGUUGAAAAUAAUUUCAUUUACUGGACUGAAGUGUCAAAUAACAUAAGGCGGGGAAGGAUCAUGCGUGCAAGUUUAGAUGGAAGGAACCCCAUACAAAUACGGCAGGGAUUAGAUAAACCGAGAGCUAUCGUCCUCUAUAAGCCGACAAGGUUUGUAUCACGUGAUUGCUGCGCUCCAUUGUUGACCGAAAGGCCAGGCGCACUUGGUAACCAAUCAGAAAUGUAAUCAAAUCACGUGCCUCGCUCGCGCGCAGUUUUUAUGCUCUUGGCGUUGGCUACGUGUGUUUGUGAUUGAUUCCUUUGAAUUUCUACGCGUAUUUCGCAAUCAUACCAGCCAUAGAAGACUGUAAGUACGUUCUUGUGGUCACAUAUAAAGGUAUUCCCAACUCAGGCUUUUGAAACGGCAUCCAUUAUUAGAAGAUAACAAGUAGUGUUAAGGAAACUACUUCCUACUGAAAUAAGUGCAUUUGUACCAUUUGUUCUGACUCUAGGAUGAUGUAUUGGACUGACUGGGGAUCUACAGCCAAGAUCGCGCGGGGAAGGUUGGACAAUUAUUUCAACGUAGAUACGAUGGUGACAGGACAACUAAAAUGGCCGAGUGGUUUAGUUAUUGAUGCAGCUUCGCGGAAACUUUUUUGGGCAGAUGCUGGCAUGGACAAAGUAGAGUACUCUAAUCUAGAUGUAAGAAGCUUUGUGCUCUUCUCGUAUGUGAGGCUAAGCAUUCUACAAACCAGCUCAUGCUGCCUUCCAUAUCAAUAUGAGACAUUUCCUUACCUUAAUUAAAAGCCUGUGAUGUCCUUUUCAUUUGCAUCGAUAUAAUUUAACUAUUAUUUCUUCUUCAGGGGCAUGGUCGUGGUGAACUGCUCAGUGCCCCACGUGUUCGUCAUCCCUUCUCUCUCGCCAUUCUAAACAACAGGUUAUUAGUUCUACAAAUGUUGUAAUAGUAACUGAUAAUAAAUUAGUUCAUAACAAAUUAGGUAGCCUACGAGCAACCUCUUCAAUCAAGGAUUAUUUUGAGAAGUCACACGCGGGCAUGGAAAUAUUUUGCCGCUCGCUUAUGCGUUCUCUCGCAGCACGCUUCGCUCGCCACUCGAGACGAAGAGCUUGCUCGCAGGCUAUAAAUGAGGCUGAAUAUGAUCGUCUGAGUGAGUGUGGUUCUGUUCACUGUGACCAGCACUGAAGAGCCAUUUACGUGUUAUGAUAAAUUUGUCACUACGUUUCACAUAGUUUGAGUACGUAAGAUAUAACUGAAUACUGGAGAUACUCACGACGAAUUGCAUCAUGGGCUCCUGUUUCGAGGUUGCGUAGGAAACUGGGUCUCCAAAAAAGUCCCAUAGUGCAAUUCGACUCAACACUCGGCCUCCGUCUCAAAUGCAACCUCAAGGCCUAAACCCUUCUAAGAGUAUUCCAAGAAAUUUGGAAAUCCUGGUAAAAAGUUUUCAUUACAAACACAAACGAUUUUUAAGAAACAUUUUAAAAAACGCGAGAGGGCUGUGCGAGCGUUUCCGAAAAUGUUCAAAAGGUCUUCGCGGACCUAUAAUUUGCGUCAAGACUAGGAGAAGAACUUAAAGAUGACAUUCAAACAUUCCCUUUGCAAUACGAAAAAUUUAAAAAGUUACUUAAGCUCUAGAAUUCAAAAUGAUUGCCUGUUUUUGCUUUUAUGAGUGCCUUACGUCGAUAUUACAGCUUCUGGCUCAAUUCUUGAGGCAUUUUCUUUUAUAAACUUCCCUUUUGGAAUGAAAAAGAGUCUGCUGCAAGGAACACAUUUGUUAGUACUCCAAAGUGCUUUUUGUUUUAGAUUGUUUUGGAGUGACUGGGAAACUUCAGGAAUACAUUCAGUGGACAAAGACAGUGGCAGAGAUAUGAUAACCGUAGCCAAGGGCCUUGAUCGGCCAACUGCGUUUGUAAUAUUUAAAGCCACUCCUCCAGGUUUGUAAUUCUUGAAUUAAUUCGAUCUUCACCCUGCGGACAGGGCCUCUUUUUGUCUUCCUGAGUAAGGAGAAAAGGAAGCUCUACAUGAAUCGUGUCAAGCUUUUAAAGUCGCUGUAGCCUGGCCUAGUCAAUCUUGUUUUCUCUCGUCAAACUGGUUUUCCAAGUGCGAGCAUCCGUUUAUUGUGAAACCGAUGGUCAUAACUGAGCCCACUGUACCCAGCACACGGAUAUUAGGCCUGGGUUCGAAACUGUUUCCCAGCAUGCUCAACUCCAAUCAUGCCAAAUCGCGGCUCUGCUAACAGGGUGUUAGAUCAUAAGCAUUCACAUUGGAUGGUACUCAGGACCCUUUAGGGAACAAUAGAGACCUCUGGAUUGUGAGACGAGAACGAGAUUUUCUCAAUAGUAAGUAGUGCUCGCGCGUUAGGCAGCGUCAUUUUGGCGGGAAAACAUGGAAGCCCUCGUCAUUCUACGAAGAGUUUUAGUGAGCGUGUCGUAGUGGCGGGAACAAGUUAACAAAUAUUAGAAGUUUUAGCAUUUUGCAACCGCGAGAGGUCUUAACUUUCUCCAAUAACGAUAACGGUGCUAACUUUUCUGGUGAAAAAAGAAGUACAAUGAAGAAGUCCGGAGUGACAAGGACCAAAUGCUUGACAUACACUAAUUACUUAAGAAUAUAUUUAGAUAUUGAAACUGUUUCCUGUCGUCUGUUUUAACGGAUGGCAAGGAUGGACAUGGAUUGAAACCUGAAAAAGUUAUGUAAAUGUUUUCAAGUUUAAACGCCAUGCCUGCAAAAAACACCCUCCUUCCCUCCCCCCAAAGACAAACUUUUGUUCGUAUGAAUGCUCCCUGGUGAAAUUGUUUGAUAUCUUCCUCUAAAGGAGCAUUUGGUGUAUGCGGGGCAAGGCACUGAAUGAUGACUUCGACACAGAAUUGAUCUAGAACAGCAAUAUCUUAUCCUGAUGACAUAGCCUCUUUGGAUCAAUUUAGGUUUCUGGGAAACUGCCCACCUACCCCUCCCCUAAGCCAUCAUUUUGCCCUAAGUGAGAAGUAAGUGUCAAUGUUAGCGUGGGGGAGGGGUAGGUCGGUAGUUUCCCAGAAACUUAAAUUCAAUCCGCCUCUUUAACUGGAACUUCAUAUGCAUUGUCAAAUUACAGAUUUACAGAGUACUUUUUCAGACCGCCUUUUUCAGCUAUAAAUUGCUUUUUCGACCUCACUGGGGGUUCUGAGGAUUCUUGGUAGUUCCGGCGUAUUUCGGCCGCAUAAUUCUGCAAGUACAUGCAACUAAACUCACUUUGUGGCUAUUUUAAUAUUUAACGCAUUACAUUGCAUCUGUUUCACAAAACCGAUCAAUGUACAAUUAAACAAUUUUGGAAGGAAGGCUGGGAAACUCGGCAUGAGAUUUUGGGGGGAUAAUUUUUGGUCCAGGUUUUUUUUUGGUGGGGGGGGGAGGAGGUUAUUUUUGCCCUGAUUAGAUUAUCCCCGUCAACUGAAAUCCGCAGUACCCCCGAGAGCGUUCGAGUGGGUAGAGUGCAAUAACUUUUUGUUUCCAUACCAGUCGGUCCCAGUACAAACUGCCCUGAUCCAGGUGACCUAGCAAAUGGUGACAGGAACCCGUCGCCGAGGGACGGCAGCAGUGAUUACCCACAAGGCAGUAUGAUACGCUACACGUGUUACCCUCACUAUAAUCUACACGGAUCAGUCACCCGCACGUGUCUGGCUGACGGCAGCUGGAGCGGAAAAGCACCGGAAUGUCUUAGUGAGUACAUUGAGCGUAGCCUAAUAGCGUAGCCGAGAUUUCGCGACAGCACCACUGAUUUCCCCGCGAAAUGACGUCUGAGACACGAGCGCAGAAAUUCAAAAAUUUUGCGCUACGGUAAAUUUCCCAAAGUUAGCCUAAGUAGGUUCUUACAUAAAUGGUAAUUAGCACAAAUUUAGACUGAAGAAUUUCUGAAGAAACAAAAUACAUUUUAGGAAAGAGUAUUUAGUGGUAUUCAGCUUAUCACUUAUAUAAAUCUGCAUACCAAAUUGCUACUAAUGUAAAAAUGACUAUUAGAAGAAGAACUGAAGCACUGUCCACUUGAAAUUUGAAGUCCCCCUUUAGAAUAUAUUCAUACAUGUAUUGCAAUGUCUUAUUUUAUUUGCCAAAGUGUAAGGAUAUUUUCGCAGAAAAGAAAAACCUGUUUCAAAUUUUAGGCGAAACAGGUUCAUGUAUAGAGGGGGCUUAACUGGCAAAUUUUAGCCCAACAGGUUCUUUAAAAAAACAGAUUCUUACUCGCUUGUUUUUACUGCAUUUUUCGUUUCUCUUUAGACCCUCCGAUAUUCCACCAGACUCCAACCAACGUAACCGUCAAAGAAACAAGCUCUGCCUUACUUAAUUGUUCCGCUUCGACCCCUAAUACAAAUAUUACGUGGUAUAAAGACGGAAACGUUGUAAAAGGAGAUGGUAUUGUCAUUUCGAGAGCCGGGUUAAUAAUUGUGGGCGCUGAUCGUGCAAACCAAGGUUGGUAUGUCUGUAAAGCAACGAACAGGGCAGGCAGCAAGGAGGUGCGCGCAUACCUCAAAGUGACGAGACCGCUUGAUGCAGGUUAGUGAUAGAUGAUAAAUUUACUUUGAAAAACACCGAGGCUUAAAAACCAAAUUGGUUUCUCCAUUCUGUCAUCUAAGAACGAACGGUAGAGUCCACAUUAGCGUUUAUUUCGUAAAAAAAUUUUUACCUCCAGUAAAUUGGUACCCCGGUACCGUGAAGGACCUUCUUUUACCGAAUGCCGUCAGCCAAAAGGAUGAAAAACAGCAUACCGCAGGGUUAGAUGAUACCGCAAUACCGUAAACCCCAAUUUCCCCCUCCUUACGACUCUUGCAAGCAUUUUCUAAAAUUUCAGCAGUUCUUAAAGGUCGGACAUUGUUUUGCCUUGACACCUCUCGUCCCGUGUAAUAAUGUAAAUCCAAGACAGCCUUGGAUUCUAGAUUCAACGCUCGAAACCGGAUUUUAGGAACUGGAUUCCAGAUAUUGCGAUCUUGAACCGAAUUCCUUGAGCUGAGUUCCGUAUUCCAAAGCCUAGGAUUCCGGAUUACCUCGCAAGGGGCAAUACUUGAGCACUUAACCCUUUAAGCCCCAAGAUCCACAAACAAAUUCUCGAGACUGAUCUCCAUUCAUUCCCUUUAAGGUUUAAGAGCGACGGUCAGGAAAAAUCGACCAAGAUCUUAAUUUCGUGGCAAGAGUUGAAAAAUCAAUUUCUUUCAUUUUUUGUUCAUAGAUAGCUUUUAGGUAGAUAAGAAACCUGAAGUAGUUUGUUCCUGCCGAAAGCUUUUUAUUUGUGUGAAAAAUUACAAGAUCGCUUUUGGAUGUCGGAGUCUCAGACUGGCCUAAUUAGUCUCGCUUGCUUUAGAAAAGCGAGACUCUUAAAAUGCACUCGGUUUUUUUUUUGUCGGACCUAGUUUGUAGGCCUCGCGUUCCUAGCGAACACCGUGGAAACUGGGGAUAAGAAUCGUGACGACUUUCAUUGUAUGGAAAUGAGUCUCGUGAUGAGAAUGCAGUUUAUUUCGGCGAUGACUGAAAUGACGCAUGUAAGUUUGGCAAUGACGUAAUUUUCCUCGAAUGGAGGCCCUUGUUUUUCGUGUAAUUAUGCACCACAUGCUGGCACAUCCCCAAGCAGGAUGAGAAAAUAUUAUAGCGGGGAAAUCCUCAGGAUUUUUUGGCUUUUUAAGGCGUUAUGUUUCUCAGAAUAUUGUCGCAAUUACAGGAAAUGUACGGUUAAAUAAAUUCACUUUGUUUUAUGUAUUUAAUUGAUAGAUUUUCGCAGUUGUUCCGAUGUGAAGUCGUGUUGCACUUCAUAAAUACUUGAGAGAUGAAGUAUCCACUGUCACGUAACUUUUACGUGCGCACGUGCGUAAAAUUUGCGUUCGCAAAUAAAAUAAAGGCAAUGUAUGAAAGGCUGCACGUACAAUUAUGUAAGCGUAAAAGUAGAAACUCGCUUAAUUUGACGUUUAAUCUCAAUACUUUAUGUCUUACCUCUAUUUGAUUUACGUGAUUAAAAUUUACGUGCGUUAACGUGCGGAGCCAAAAACGCAUCAGUGGAAAUCCACCCUAACGUGUCACGGGUAGCUUUGAACUUGACUAACCGCACACUCUACUUGCAGCACUUCAUGUCCAUAGUUAAUAGAAAUCCCAUAUCGAGCUUUUCCGGAAUGGGUUGGUCCAAGAAUUCUAUGGCUUGAAAGCGUUGAUUAUUUUGGAACAACUGAUCACUUCAGUGGUCGAAAAAAAAAGAAUAAUCUUAAUGAGGAAAACUUCAAGGUUUACUGGAAAAUCAGGAUCGAGGAUCGAGGAUCGAGGAUCGAGGAUCGAGGAUCGAGAAAUCAGGGAUCAAGGAUCGGUUAAAAAGUACUUGUAAAUAAAAUAAAUAAAUAAAUCGUGGAUCAGUGAUGAUGUGGGCCGCAGACUGUAGACUGUACUGAACGCUAAAUUCAAGUAAACUAAUCCGAGUCUGUCUGAGUCAGAGAUUGUUUUGACGAGAAAGUGAAAUUUUCCGGGAAAAUGAAACGCUUUAUCCUGGUGACACUGUAAUACAAGAAAAAUCUUUUAACAGUUUUUAAUUUUUAACUCGUGGGGACGCGCGAGCGUACCACGAGUUAUUGCAGGGACAGAGAUAUGCAAAUGAGUCACUCGCUCACUCGUUGUAGACGGACUUCGUAAUUAAUCGGGUCCGAACUCGAGAGUGCGAAGAUCUAUCGCUUAAGACACGUAGGAGUCUUUCAAAUGAGUACGAUGGUUAACUUGGGGAUUGGAUUUCAAGAGCCUUUGUUCGUUCAGGCGUUAAACUUGACGAGAAAAUGAGCAAUUACUCUUCUGACUUCGAAAGAUCACGGGGGAUAUACAAAUUCCAGCUUGCUGGAAAGUGAUCUGAAAGUAAGAAAAUGUCAUGCCAUGCUAUUCUUAAGAACCUGUAUGGACCGAAAAUGGAUGUGAUUUUGACCAUUAGCUUCAAAAUAACAGCAGAAAUCGAGAUACGAAAACAUAUGUUUUGCCUCCUACUUCGCUGACGAGGUGUAUCGGCUUUGUAAAGCACAUGUUAUUUUGUUCAUUCGUUGCCAUGAAAUGCGUUGACAUUGUUUUUUCACUGUCAAUAGCUCGGUUAAUGCGGCUCGAUCAUACUGAACGAAUUUGCUGGCGGAAGUUCCAUGGAUAACGCAUUAAGUUAAAGAGUUUUCGCCAGAGUGAUGUAAUCAGCCUUCGUGGUGUAGUGGUAAAGUAAAGUCGCAUAUAGCCGAAGGUUUCCGGGUUCAAGUACCGUUCUUUUUUCAUCUUCUUUCUUUCUUUUUUUCUCGUUUUUGGCUUGUUUUGUUUGCUUAUUUGUUUUGUUGUUUUUCUAUAAAUAUGUACCUAAAUAACCGUUAUUUAAUAAAAUAUGCAAUAAACAAAAAGAAAAGUAUUGUGUUUGCAGAGCAAAGAUAGUAUGUUAAAUAUAUUGUACAUGGAUAAACAAUCUGAAUUUCUACCAUUUGCUACAAUUUACUGUGGGAAAACCAGAGUUGAUAACCAUUUGAUCAUUUUCUAAACAAUGUUUCCACGAGUUGACGAUAGGCUUUCUUUGAUUAAGUGUACAUUUGCUUUCAGUACUCCUUAUUUUUCUUGUAAUUGUUGUAUGCACGACCCCACCAGCAAUGCUGAUCUUUUUAUCGUACCAUAAACUAAGGUUCUUACCUACCCACCUACCUACCUACCUACCUACCUACCUACCUAUCGAUCGAUCGAUCGAUCGAUCGAUCCUGGUGACACUGUAAUACAAGAAAAAUCUUUUAACAGUUUUUAAUUUUUAACUCGUGGGGACGCGCGAGCGUACCACGAGUUAUUGCAGGGACAGAGAUAUGCAAAUGAGUCACUCGCUCACUCGUUGUAGACGGACUUCGUAAUUAAUCGGGUCCGAACUCGAGAGUGUGAAGAUCUAUCGCUUAAGACACGUAGGAGUCUUUCAAAUGAGUACGAUGGUUAACUUGGGGAUUGGAUUUCAAGAGCCUUUGUUCGUUCAGGCGUUAAACUUGACGAGAAAAUGAGCAAUUACUCUUCUGACUUCAGUGUCAGUGUCGAUCGAUCGAUCGAUCGAUCGAUAGGUAGGUAGGUAGGUAGGUAGGUAGGUGGGUAGGUAAGAACCUUAGUUUAUGGUACGAUAAAAAGAUCAGCAUUGCUGGUGGGGUCGUGCAUACAACAAUUACAAGAAAAAUAAGGAGUACUGAAAGCAAAUGUACACUUAAUCAAAGAAAGCCUAUCGUCAACUCGUGGAAACAUUGUUUAGGUAACCACCCUUUUUUUCAGGGAUAAUUAAGCCGAGAUUGAAAAGCUUGAAUGUAUGUAGCAGUGGCUAGUAAUUUUCACAAAGUGGAAGUUAAUUCGGUCUUUAUUCGGUCUUGCAAGACUGCAUCGUUAUCCCAAUUCCUUCUUAGACCUCUUCGGCAGAUAGAUAGAUAGAUAGAUAGCCUAGGUUUUCAUUUUCUACAAGGAUAGGGGAAUCUUUGUUUACAUUUUUUGCCGCAUUACCGUAUGAAUAUCAGAAGAGCAUAACAUUUUCAGUUUAAAAUUUGAUCGAUCGAUCGAUCUAUCUAUCUAUCUAUCUAUCUAUCUGUCUGUCUGUCUGUCUGUCUGUCUGUCUGUCUAUCUAUCUAUCUAUCUAUCUAUCUAUCUAUCUAUCUAUCUAUCUAUCUAUCUAUCUAUCUAUCUAUCUAUCUAUCUAUGCAUGCUGUGUACAACUCUAAACGUUGUACUCUGAGACUGUACGGAGAUAUUAAAAGUAGAUACUAAGCAGCUAUGGAAAAUGUCAUUACUUUCAUGCGAUAUUGAUAUCUUAUAAAAUGGACAACAAAUUCAGCAGGAAUACGCGCGAACUGAAUUUACUGUGUGUUGUAUAAGGUUCUGUUCAACUUACACUUUUUUCCUGUGCUGAACAUAUACUGUACCGAGCCAUAUCUUGGUCCGGUACAAAGAAGCUAUGUAUAUUUAUACUGACAGGGUCAUGGGUCCCUGAUACCGAUAAUUAUCAUCGUUCAAUUUUUCGAGUGUAGAAUCCCUGAAAGAGUACUCCUCAAUGGAGCAAUAUCAAUAUAUAGAAGGGUUUCAAAGGUUUCACACCGGUUUGAGGCUAAGAUGUGCAGUCUGUCUCUCCUUGCAAUUUUUACUUUUUGAGUGUAUACAUUAUGACAUACAACACUCGUUUUGUAUUCCAAACAAAAAAGUAGUAUAACAGCACCGCAGCCUUUGACAUUAAAACUCAUCUCCAAGCAAGCGAGACUCAAAGGCUUCUAAGAGCGUUCUUGUUUUUAACCUGGAAUUCGCUACCAUCAACUUUCCUCGCGUUCGCAAACGAAGCCGCAUGGAGAAAUUUGGACACUUUCCAUGAACAGGAAAAUUGUUUCUUUUCCACGAAAAGAUACUUUCAGGGCAAUAGCGAAGCUCGUCGUACUGAAAUAAUUAAAAAAUGAGGGAUAGGUUUUCAGGAUAAUAAAAACUUACGUUCGUUACUCAUUUUCGACGGUAAUAUUUAACGUGUGGUAUAACUCCAAAUUCUCUUAAUGCUAUUUAAAUCACACAUUUAGACAUUCAUUUAAAACAUACCUGGGAAUUGGCUUGGGUUAUUGAAUGUAAUCUCCGUAAGACACUAUCGAAGUUCAGGAAUUUUCAUGGUAGGCCAGCGGUAAUUGUGUAAACACUUCCAAUUUCGAAACGCACAAAAGUAGAUAUUUACAGCCUAAAGGCUCGUUUUUUUUGUACUUCUUGUAGGUUUUCCCAUUGCAAAAUUUCUUUUUCCAAUCAAAGAGUGGGGUAAAAAGGUGAAACUGGGUCAAUUUAAUUUUAGCCAUUUUAAAACACUGAACUCUACCAGACGGCGACUCUGCGUGACAAUCUGUUCCGUGACUGCACGUCACAUAGCGUACGUUUGAAGAGACGGAGCCGUUAAAACGACAGUCACGGAAUCACAGUAGUAACGCAACGCAAUUCUUGAAAGAGUAACAUUUUCGAUCACGACAGUAUUUUGAAGAAGAAAAAGUCAAACGCGCCUUUUUCUGGUACUCACUUUUUUAACAAUGGUAAUUCCCUAAGUAUGACGGAACAGGAAGAUAUUUCGUCUUGUUACUUUAUGAUCGAGGAAACUUGGAGCCGUUAAAUAAGUUAUUUUGAUCAGGCUUUACUAUUUUUACCGGACAAACGCGCUUUUUCUGGUACUCACUUUUUUAACAAUGGUAAUUCGCUAAGUAUGACGGAACAGGAAGAUAUUUCGUCUUGUUACUUUAUGAUCGAGGAAACUUGGAGCCGUUAAAUAAGUUAUUUUGGUCAGGCUUUACUAUUUUUACCGGACAAACGCGCUUUUUCUGGUACUCACUUUUUUAACAAUGGUAAUUCGCUAAGUAUGACGGAACAGGAAGAUAUUUCGUCUUGUUACUUUAUGAUCGAGGAAACUUGGAGCCGUUAAAUAAGUUAUUUUGGUCAGGCUUUACUAUUUUUACCGGACUUCGAUGCUUUCGUUUGGAGGCUGCCAGCCUAAAGGAACCCAAGCCAAUUCUCAGGUGUGCUUUCGAUGAAUGUCUAAAUGUGUGAAUAAACGAGGACCGGGAAAAUUUGGAGCUAUACCACUUGAAGAAAAAUGCAGCAGAAAACAACUACUAAAUUAAAGUUUUUGUCAUCGUAAAAACCUGUUCUUCGUUUCUGAAUUAUGUUAGUUCAACGAGUCUUGAUAUUGCUUUGGAACGAUCUUCUAGUGAAAGAAGAAGAGUUGUUCUAUGGAUGGAAAGUGUUCAAAUUUCUCCUUGCGGCUUUAUCUGCGAACGCGAGGAGAGUUGAUGUUAGCAAAUUUCGGGUUGAAAAUACGGCCAUCUUGAGACUCCCACCACGAAAACUGAUAUUCUUACUUUAAAAGGCUUUUUGCGAGAACAACUUACAUCAGAUUACUUAUCUACCUAAAAGCUACUUAUGGACAAAAAAUGAAGGAAAUCGAUUUUUCAACUCUUGCCACUCGAUAGUCGAUAUUUCCCGACCGUCGCUCUUAAGAUCAAAGGGUUCUUUCUUUAGUAAUCAAUUUUGUAAUUCUCAUAACUUUUACUCUUCAUGAUCUGAUGCUGUUGGGAGAAUAUUGAUGUUGGUCACUCUUGGGACCAAAAGGGUUAAAAACUAAGGGUGAGAUAAACACUUCGUUGUCAAAACAAAAAGAAGAAAAAAAGAAGAAAAAAAUAUAUUUAUUGUAAAAUUCCAAAUGUGCGGCCAACCUUUCCGGUUUUAAACGUUACAGUGUGUUGCCCAGUAUCCGGACACCUCAGUUUAAUAUCGCAAUAACUUUCCUUUGUUAGUCGCAAGAGCUCUGAAAUUUGGCCCAGAGAAAAUCUAUUUAGUCCUAUAAUAUAAUAAUAAUAUUUUUGCAGAGCUCCUAUGUUGCCCAGUAUCCGGACAGCUGGCCCAGUAUCCGGACACAACAAAAACAAUGUAAUUGUACAUAAAUUUCGACAGGCAAGCGACUUAUAAGCUUCUCUUGUACUUGCAAAGUAGUCUGGCAAUCGAUUCCAAAAAUAUAACCUCGCAUCGUGAAAUAAAACAUAACAAAUGACUGGGGUAUGGUGAGGAACGCGAGUGGUUGUUAAAUAGCAUAAUUCUUACUUCCUCGUCUACGAACUUUUUCACUGAUUUAAGGAAGACAUCCGUGGACACGCCGCAGCCGCGGUUUGCUAGCUCAAUUAGCCAAUCUGCAAACGACUUUUUUUCUUCACUUUUUAUUUAAAAAAACAAGCUUGGGGAAGGGACCUCAAUGCGACGGUCAAAGGUCACUCUCCUAUUUAGUCUGACCUGCAGUGUUGAUUUCUUCAUGCUCAGUCCCUACAGACCCUACAAUAAACCUGCUUUUCUAGCACUAAUCCCUCCUUCUUUCACAUCUCUCAAUCCCUUUGUGACAUUUUUCAGACCGUUGCAACCCCAUUCUAGCAGUCACAACUGGGGAAAGUAUGAGAAUGCCAGGUUCAACUCCGACGCUUUCGGUUAUAUAUAGAAAAUGCAGUCACGCGAAACGAAAUCAAGUCGCCUCCGAAUGAGUGAAGAAAAUUUCCGUACGGAGUUGAGAAGCAAGGUUUUAGCCAGAAGGGUGUCCAGCCGUCCUAUGGACGCCCAUUUUUGGAAGAAACACAAGGAAAAUUCACCUAAUCUCUCAUACGUUUACGGGAAAACGUGAAUUCUGGACGGCCAGUUUUCAAUGUCUGGCUAAAAGCCUGUUGAGAAGAAUUACAUUUUACGACUAUAUCAUAUAUCCUAACCUUUAAUUAUAGUUAUAGAUAUGAAAUAAAUCCUAUCCGGAUGAUGUACGCAGCUAAUUCAUCGAUUCUGACGAUUCUGUACAGCAAAGAAAAAACUGUCCGGAUACUGGGCACCUGACAUCAAUACUUAGUGAAUGUUUCUGGGCUCCGUUAUUCCAAAAAAAUCGAAUUUCAAGAAGAAUUAAUAAACUUUCUGAGAACCUGACUUCUUUACGUAUCUUCAGUUUAAAUAUAAAACCGUUUCUUUGAAAAUAUCACAAACUACCUACCCUUUUCUGAGCAGCACUAAUUUUACUGCGCAGUAAACAGCGUAAAUAUUGGCCAUGAAAUGUUUAUUCACCUGAACAGAACGGCGUCUUCUGCGACUGUUUCGCAAGCUUUCAACUCGCCUAAGCCUUGAUCUUAAAGCUGAAAUGUUCAGCUUUCAUUCGAAAUACUUUGUUUACCGAUAACUGAAAAGGACGUCUCAAAAAUUGAGUUUUUGUUUUAAGUGUCCGGAUACUGGUACCGUCCGGAUACUGGGCAACAUACUGUACCGAUACUUUUUUAACGAUUGUAAUUCUCACCUUGCUUUAACCUUGAUUUCCCCCCCGCAGACUGCGGCCGUCGCACACUGACCACUCGUGGCAGGAUUGUUGGCGGUAAGAAAGUAGAAGCUGGGUUUUUCCCAUGGCAAGCCAGCCUGUGGAACACAAGGACGAAUAAACUUUUCUGUGGUGGAUCCCUUGUCGCUUCGAGAUGGGUGGUUACCGCUGCGCAUUGUGUAGCUGGACCAGGUUUGUGAUUUUGUUUUCAAUGUUAAGGCAUCGUCUGGGGGCUGUUUAGACUUUCUAUAUUAAAGUUCUUCAUUUUUUUUCCUGGUUGGUUAUAUAGACUUAUUUAUAGACUUCGCCGCUCGCUCGGUCGCCGUGCGACCUCAUGCAUUGAAGCUCACUUUUAAGAACUUGUGAGAGGACGACUUGUAACAAGUCUAGGGGUUGUUUGGGCAGAGGUAUGCCGCCCAAGCCCUCAAAACCUGACCCUGUUUAAGAAAAAAAUUACUCAUUUCGCUACCCUGUGUAAGACAAGGGAUCUUAAUUUAUGACCCUGGGCCCAGUUGUUCGAAGGCCGAUUAGCGAAAUGCUGAUUGGUGGAGAUGACAUUAGUAAUGACGUCAUUACCCUCCGCACGUGUUUUUCAAUGUUUGUUUACAUUCGCGCUCGUUCCGCUCCUCGCUGAUUGGCGGAAAUCUUACAGCUCAGUCGACGGGGAGUCACAGAGGAAUUGGAGGUGGAUUUUAAUUUCCAGAGACAUAGUUGCAAGCGCUCCUUCCUUUUCCCGCCCCGCCGCCAGAGCGCCCCGGAGAGGGCUUGCUCGCCUAUCGCAGGCUACGACGGCAAGGGCAUAAAAGUGAGUUUUGGUUUCUAGUCUGCCUACGUUUUCCCUUAGCUUCGAAACACCUAGACAACAUUCCACUGCUUGGUAUACCUAAAGGAAGGAGAUCUUGGGGAGCAAGGGUGGCGCAGUGGUGAGAGCGCUCGCCUCCCACCAAUGUGGCCCGGGUUCAACUCCCGGCGUCGACGCCAUAUGUGGGUUGAGUUUGUUGUUGGUUCUCUCCCUUGCUCCGAGAGGUUUUUCUCCGCGUACUAAGGUUUUCUCCUCUCUUCAAAACCCAGCACUUCCAAAUUCCAAUUCGAUCUGGAACGCAUGGACACGUUUAAACGAGUUCAUAUGAACUCCUAUGUGCUUCGUGGGUAAAGAAACCACGAGACGAGCAAACCGCGAAUAAAGAGCGUUUUCACAUGACGUCAGUUGGUGUCCCAAAACAAAAGAGUGGCCAUGUUGUUACAAACCAAUCCUGUGGGAGUUGAACCUUCUUCUUAUUUAGAAACUUUCUUUUGUUCCGAUAAAUUUGCAUAGCUGCUGACCACGUGACUGAAAAGGCUCUAUUGUUAUGUAGAUAUUUCAGUGCACGAGGUCCAGGUUCGUCUCGGAAAAGUCUUCAGCAAUAGAGGAGAGCCCAGCAGGGAACAACUGAUUUCCGUGGAUAGAAUCCUGAUUCAUACCCACUACGACCAUCACCGCAGCGACUAUGAUCGCGAUAUAGCACUAAUCCGCCUGAAGACUGCGGUUAUUUAUACCGAUUACGUUAGACCGAUCUGCCUACCCUUGCGAGGAAAUGACACUGAUAGAUUUCUUCUGAGACCUGGAAGGAUUGGUGUCAUUACAGGUAAGAAGAUUGUAACGAUCUUGGUUGCCGAACAGCUCUUCUAUUAGCUACUCUCUUUCUUUUCUUAAGCAAAGAAACACACUUGCAGCUGGAGAGUGUAUUCGAAGAGGAUGGAGAGUAGUCGUUACGUGACGUUGCAGUGGGAGAAAAUUUCGGGUCCUCAACAAACCGUUGUCCUGCAAGUAUAGCAGAAAAAAAAUGACAUUUAUGACUUUCCUGUGCAUGAUUGCACUCAGGAACAAAACGGUAACCCAUACUUUUCUUCCAUCGUUCAACAAUGCAAAUCUGUCAAGAAAAAUUGUUGAGAUCUAGAAAUUUUGCGACCAUGGUAACGUGACGUCAAACUUCUCCAUGGAGGUUGGUCGCUCAACAGAGAUUCGUCAUAAAUUAGCGUAAUCUUAACUUCCCAGUCGUCACCCUCUAUCUCGGAUUCUGUUAUCAUUCAAACUAAGUGUAUCAAGUGCUUGAAAGCCGCUUGGUAGAGAAAACCUCCAAUGUGAUGGCCAAAAGGCAUCUAAGAAUAGACGAUAUUCGGAUUCCCCGACGGCCCUGGGACGAGAGACUUCACAGCAUGAUUGCGAGGCUAAAGCGGGGAAUCGUUUGGCAACAACACAAACAAACAUUGAAACAAAAAGUAAUCAAGAAAAUGGUAUAUUGUGUCAAAAUGUCAAUACUCGAAUCCUUUUUAUAAAAUUUUAUUCUUCUUAUUAUUCUUUUUCUCUUGUGUGUAUCUGUAGUGUGGAGUUUAAACUGCUCAGUAUUAUCGUCUGUACCAAACUCUGUGUUUAAUUGAUUGCACGUUUUUGUACUCUCCACAGUUGUUAUCGAAGAUAAUGUAACUUAAAUUUAAAAAUAAACUUUACCGAUUCAUCUUUGUUCAAACCGGUUUGACUUCCUCAAAAUGCGCAUGGACUGUGUGCAGAACGCCAAGCCCCGUCCUCAUAAGUAAUUAUCCACUGAAUGAGUUGUUUGGUUUACUUCAAAUACACGAGAUUUUGCAUCCGCUCUGUUAGAAAAUUUCAACUGCAAAGCAGGUGUGAUAACAUCACUGUUAACUUUAUCGCAGGCUUUCGAUAAUUACGUCCAUUUCAAUAAGAGGUAUUCUUCAAAAAGUUUAAAGGACACUGAAAAUUACAAUUAAAAUGGCUUCGGGGAUUUUGAGAACUCCUCUGUUUAUAUUAAUUUAUAAACUCGCUCACCAAGCACUCUUCUCAUCAAUAUAAUUAUGGUUAGGAUCGCUGUUUUUCUUAGUAAUAAUGAACAGAUCUUCCUUUUGUUGUUUGAAAUAAUAAUCUCUCAAGUAUUUAAGCCCUUCGGAACUUUACAAUGUUAAAAUUUCCCUUAAAUUCGGCAAACUCAGCCGCAGUUUUCUCAUAUUUGUUUGUCCUCUUGGCGAGAAGUUCCCCGCAUGAACCUCGCAUUCAUGAUCAAGGCCUACUCGUUCCAGGACUGUCGGAGAAUACGAAUACUGUCUAUUAAACUACGAGCAGUCUCUCUUUUUUCUUGGUCUGUCGAGCAAAACGCGCGAGACACAAAUAACCACGCGCGUGAUUGAAGGCGCGAGUUUCAUACGGAGAGGCUCCCCUCUGAGAUCCAACCCCUUCACUGAGGAAUGGUGCCCCUUUCGCAGACCUACUAACAGUAAGUCUUCUCAUCAUUUUUUUUGUAGCUAUAAGGUGCAUCGAAGUAUUCAAGAAAACGACCCUAAUAAACACCUCAAUAAUAAUUUUCCCUACCCUUUCAUAUACUUCAACUCAUGAAAUGCCUACCCUUUUAGAUAUGUUAAGCCGGAAAAAGGUACCCCUUUCGGGCAGAGCCUUUCAUUUAGGCCACCAUAGGAAGUAUCCCCCGGGCCAAAAGCAAUGUUGUCAGGAACCCUUCAGCGCCAAUAGAGCUUAACGCAACAUCCCAACAUUUUUAAGAAUUCCAUCGCCAGGUAAGACCAGAUAAGGGAGAAAAGAACUUCAUCAGAAGCCAUUUUGAAUAAAUUGUGAACCUUGAUUAGUGCUUGAUUUUGCUUUUUUAACACUACAGAAUCCAAUAUGGAAUGUAACUUUCCCCUUUCAUAUUUGUUUCAAAAGGUUGUUCACAGUUUUAAUGACCUAUUUGCGUGGAACUGUUUUACAGGUUGGGGCGACAACAAACAAAGACUACCGGGGUAUGCAAAGUUCCUCAAGAGACUGCGUCAAGCCGAUGUACCAGUCGUAGACCAAAGUACGUGUGUAAAGGCCAACAAAAAGUACGUCGUCACAGACAACAUGUUUUGCGCUGGUUACUUCAACGGAACAGAUGGUGACGCAUGUGAGGGAGACUCGGGUGGACCGCUGGCUAUUGAGAAUAGCCUUUCAGUGGAUGUAGCUGACGAAAGAUGGGUGCUUGCGGGCGUCAUUUCGUGGGGGAGACGCUGCGGAGGAAUAGGCACAUACGGAGUGUAUACACGGGUUUCGAAGUUUGCUCUAUGGAUUAACAACGAGAUAAACAAGGACGAUUGAAAUUGUGAUAUUCAUUCAGGACAGCAUGUAGACCAUACAGAAUUUAACCAGGUGCCGACUCCAUAGUUGCAAG